UCACAAGGCAAAGCUAAAAUCCCUCUUCAGAUCCACAAUCAACUGCCCUGAACACAUCCUGCAAAAAGUCCUGAAGAAGGAGAGCCAUGGAUUACUACAGAAAAUAUGCAGCUGUCAUUCUGGCCACAUUGUCUGUGUUUCUGCAUAUUCUCCAUUCCUUUCCUGAAGGAGAGUUUACAAUACAAGGUUGCCCAGAAUGCAAGCUAAAGGAAAACAAAUACUUCUCCAAGUUGGAUGCCCCAAUUUUUCAAUGCAUGGGCUGUUGCUUCUCCAGAGCAUAUCCCACUCCAGCAAGGUCCAAGAAGACGAUGUUGGUCCCAAAAAACAUCACUUCAGAAGCCACAUGCUGUGUGGCCAAAGCAUUUACCAAGGCCACAGUGAUGGGAAAUGCCAAAGUGGAGAACCACACGGAAUGCCACUGCAGUACUUGUUAUUAUCACAAAUCUUAAAUGUUUUGCAAAAGAGCAUGUUGAUGACUGCUGAUUUCCUGGAGUGAAAAGUUAAUUUUUCAGUGUUUAUGGCCUUGUGAGAUAAAACCCCUUUUUUCCUUACCAUACUCCUUUUG